AUGGCUGUUGCAUUCGUCACUGUUGGCACGACUUCAUUUGAUGGGCUGAUCAAUGAGGUCAAUAAAGUCGAAUUCCAUGAAGGUCUUUCAAGAUUGGGAUAUAAAGAUCUGAUCAUACAAUAUGGAAGUGGAUCUGUCAUACCUCGUGUUCCGGAAGACAUUUGUACCGAAAGUACUGAACACUUGUCUACAACUCCCUUCUUACACAUUAAAUCCUUCCGAUAUAAAGAUUCCCUUGUUGAUGAGUUUCAAAGGGCAUCAUUAGUUAUUAGUCAUGGCGGUGCAGGCACUUGUAUCCAGGCUCUUACUCCAUGUGGACGUCGCCGACUAAUCGUCGUUGUAAAUGACACGUUGAUGGAUAAUCAUCAGGAGGAACUUGCACUUGCUUUGUUGCAAGGAAAACAUGCUUUAGUUUGUACUCCUGCAUCACUUAACCAUUUGCUAUGGACAGGUAAUGAGUCCACUUAUCCUUCUCAGUUUGUAUGCAAUAAGAAUAUGCCGUUGGCUGAAAUUAAGAGGUUACUGGGUCCUGAAGUUCCACCAGAGCAAGCUGGCUUUGUUGGUUUUACUCGUGGUUCUCCAGAAAAGCUGUUGCCGUACAUUGAAGAACGCUUAUUGGCUUUUUCUUGA